CGCCAGGGGGCGCCAUCGCGGCGGCGGCGCGUCCCGGACGCUGCGUCAGCGCCAAUGGAGCGGCGCGAGCGGGAGGCGGGAGCGGCCGGCCGCUAGACCACCCCCCGCCAUGGGCCAACGCCCCCCGUGAGCCCCCGGCCCGGGCCCGGCCGUGCUGGCGGCGGCGGGGGGGGGGGGGUGCGGCGCAGGAUUCGCCCCCCCCCCAACCCUGGGACCCCCGAGAGAGCGACAGCCAUGAGCGCCCCCCCGCGGUCGGAGCUCGCCGCCGCCGCCGCCGCCCUGCUGCGCCUGGGCGAGGAGCGCCCCCCCGCGGCCGCCAUGAGCCUGCUGCAGCGCAAGGGCCGCCCCGAGUGGCGCCCCCGCGAGGAGGAGCCGCGCAAGGGGAUCCCCAAGGCGCGGGAGGGGGGGUCCCUGCGGCGCCCGCUGCGUGUGGGGUUCCUGACGCUGCCGGCGCCGCAGGAGCGCGGCCCCCGGCCCUGCGCCCCCGGCAUGGCCCCGCGCUCGCUGUCCUGCCACGCCGUGGGGCUCCCCGACUCGGGGGUGCCCCUGCGCCCCCCCGGGCCCCGCUCCGGGCCCCCCGAGGGCCGGGGCCUGGAGGCGCCGCCCGCCAAGAGAGGGGGCACCCCCCGGGGGGGCUGCGUGCGGCAGACGCCCCCCCUGAAGCCCUCGCGCAGCCCCCAGACCCGUUUGUCGGCCGGAGCCCCCCCGCCGCCCGUGGCCGAGCAGGGCGAGGCGGAGGAGCCGGUGUACAUCGAGAUGGUGGGGGACGCCCGGGGGGUCCCGGGGGGCGACCCGCGGCGGGCGGGGCCGGGCGGAGCCCCCCCCCCACCCGCCGAGGAGCCCGAGGCCAUUUACGAGGAGAUGAGCUGCCCCCUGCCCGCGGGGGAGGGGCCGGGACACGCCCCUUUCGCGGGACACGCCCCUUUCCACGGACACGCCCCGCACUCCGCCCACGCCCCUUUCGGCGGCCCCGCGCUGCACUCCGGCCACGCCCCCUACGCCGGACACGCCCCUUUCUCCGGACACGCCCCUCACGCCGGCCGCGCCCCCUUCAUCGGCCACGCCCCUUUCUCCGGCCCCGCCCCCAUCCCGCCGCCUUUCCCCAACCUGCUGCCGCCCCGCCCACCCCCGCUGGCCCCGCCCCCCGAGGCCGCCUCCCGCCUCCCCCUCCCCUCGCGCCGCGAUGCCCCGCCCCCCGCGCGCGCGCGCAGCCACUCCACGCCCCUCCCCCCGCACCACGCGCCGGGAGGGGCGGGGCGCGAGCGCGGGGGGGCGGGGCUGGGGCCGCUGCCCCUCCCACCCUCCGCCGAAGCCCCGCCCCCCGGGAAGCGCCCGCCCGCCUACGAGAGCCUGCGCGGGGGCGUGGCCUCGGCAGGCCCCGCCCUCGGCCGCGAGGAGGACCCGCCCCUUCGCCGGGGGGGCGGAGCCUCGGCCCGGCGCGGGAAGGAGACUGAGAAGGCGCCGGAGCCCCCCCGGGAGGAGCGGGGGGGGGCCGGCUCGGUUCCGCCCCCCUCGGGGAUCCCGGUCCGGGCCGAGGGGCCCCGGGGGCGGCCGGGACCCCCCCUGCCCUGCCAGACCUUCCCCGCCUGCGGGAGACCCUCGGAGCUCCCCGGGGGUCCCCGCCUGGGCCGCUCCGCCUCCACCUCGGGGGUGCGCCAGGCCGGGGCCCCCCCGUUCCCACGGGCUCCCCCCUCCUCGCGCCCCCUCUCCGGGGGGGUCCCCGGGGGGGGUUUCCCCGCCGCCGCCGCGCCCCCCCGGCCCCGGGACGGGCAGCUGCAGGAGGUGAUCGACCGAAAGCGCUGCGUGUGCACCGAGAUCAAGGCGCGGGGGGGGCGGGGGGGGGGGGCUGUGCAAGCAGGACAGCCUGCCCCCCCUGCCCGCCCCCCCCGCCUGGAAAGGGGGUCCCCCCGCUCCCGAGGGGGGCCGGCCCCCGCCCCCGCCGCCCCCCGGCACGCCCCCGGCCCGCCGGCCGCACGCCGUGCUCUGGGACACCGCCAUCUGACCCGCCCCCCGGGGUGCCUGGAGCACCCCAAAUCCUGCCCCUGGAAUGGGGGGGGGGCCCCGAAAUCAUUGGGGGGGCUCCUAAGGAUAAAAUGGGGAGGGGGGAUCCUGAAGAGAACGCGGGACGUUCCCGCGGUGAAAAGCGCCGGUUUUCCGUGA